AUGCCUGGAGAAGAACGAUCUUGUGAUGUUGCUAAAGGAGUGCAGAGAGCUUGUGCUUCUGGAUGUGAGGGAGUGCGAGGUAUUGCAUCUCUUGAUCUGCUCAGAUGCAGCAUGGUUUGUUGCACCACGACGAUUACACUCGCUAUCGAUUGUAUUUGCAAAAUGUGUGGCCAAGGGUGA